UUCAAACGAGGCCACCAGCCCACCGACGCCUUCCAUGACCCGCCAGGGUCGAGAUGCGAAUGUGAUACCUUGCGUACUGCUACUCCUACGACACCCUGGAGAAAUCUAUUCAUUCCAUUCCUACCAAACUACUUGGAGAAGGGGAAAACUAAGGAGACAGGAGAACAAACAUGGCGUCCAAGCUGGUGCUUGGAAGGAUCCGGUCCAUCGGCCAGCUCGCCACCGGCCAUCGGUCGCAGCUGCUCAGCCGCCGGGACAUGCUUGGACUUCUCCUUUCUCCGGCGAGCAACCGCUCAUUCUGCAGCACCGCCUGUGCUGACAACGCAGUCAAGGAUCAAGAUACCCUCGAUAGGUUUUCAGAUCCACAGGUUGCUCAUCAAGAUCGACAGUUCGUUCAGUUCCUGGACAGGAUGCUGGACGCGAUAAGAAAUCCCCAGAGUCUUGCACGGAUACAGCGUGAGAGGCUUCCAAAUGAUCUGAAAAUACUGGAUGAUGACAUAUGAGGUUCUCUUACAGCAAUGCAGAAGUUAAAGCAGUGUGAUCUUAUGUUAUGUAAAGUGACUUUGAGAUAAAUUGUGUCAACCAUGAGCAUGUGAGAUUGGUAUUGUUCAGGUUCAGAAUAUGAACAAGAACAUCCACAGAUGUCAAAAGUAUUAUGUAUUUCAUGUUUUAAUUCCUGUAACUGAUUUCAUUACCAUGGAAGAAGCAGGAACCUGUUAAGAAAACAAA